AUGGCAUCGUCUCAACCCAUCGUCGUCUCACCACAAACUCCUUCGGAGCUUCUAUCGUAUAUCAUAUCUUACCACAGAUAUCCUUCGACAAUAAUAGUUGGCUCGUCAAAAGAAGAGUUUCAGAGCUCACUCAUCGAGGACAUAACACACCAUCUCACUCUUCAAGAGGAACAACUACAACAGGAAGACCCAGGAAACUCAGAAACACAACCUUCUCAUCAUCUUAUAAAAGCACCUCUCUUCCAAAUAGCCAUAUCUCGCCACAUUAGAUUUCUAUUUGCACCAACUGUCACACAUCUACGCGCCUUUCUCUCCGUCUUUACGCCAAAAGAUUCAGUCAUACCAGCACCACCAAACUAUACGCCUACUUCUCGACCACCUCUACUUCUGGUCUACGGUCUUCUAGCUCUUCACAGGGACGCAAGUGAAUGGUCUGCGCAAGGCAUAAGCAACUCAGCUGCGCUCCUAGUCGAUGCCGCCUCACGAAAUGAGUUCAGAGCUGCCAUCAUUGAGCCAAAAGGGAUAGGAGGGCAUGAUACUCUGGAUCGAAUGGGAGGAGAGAUGAUACCUCUGUUGAAUGGCACAACGAGAAGAGACGAUGGAUCAUGGAGUGGACGGACUGUCAGUGUUAAGCAAGUCUUAAGUCGAUGGUUCGAAUUUGAUACUCGUGAACAAGAAGGUUGA